UCACCUGUGAGAAGAGAGAACAGCGCGUAUUUUUGUCGUGCUCCGUUUGUCCAGACAGGGCCGCCUCGCCGCAAAACUGGCAAUAACCUCGUAGACAUCAUCGCACAGCCCUAUAGGGAGGCGUCUGGAGGAACCACCUUCUUUUCAGUCGUCGGAGAGAGGAGCGGAGAGGAGGAGCGGAGAGGAGGAGAAACUGCCUAACAUUAACACAGCAAGUCCAGCAUUGCAGGUGGGGGCAGGACAGCUGACCCGAGGGCUUCCUCAAACUCUCCACUUUGUCCUCGACUGAUCUCUCCGAGCGAUUCCCGCGCUGCCGGACAGCUUCAGCCUCAGAAUGAGGACCGGACCUCGACGUCCUGCGCUAUUCCGCGUUCUCGGGAUUGUUUAUGUGCAGCAGUGAAGGAACCGCCACCCACGGCAGCGGCGCUGGUAAAUCUGGAAAACGCAGGUUAAUUUUAUCCUGACUUCAAAGGCGCUGUGAAAACAAAAGCCAAGUGGAAAGAUCGCUGACGACAAAGCAGGUCCCGUUUCGCCCAUUUUCCAGGUGUAUGUGUUAUGCCAGUAUUUGCAACCUCGAUAAAAUGGACCUUUUCAGGUGGAUGUGUGUGGUAUACUGUUUCAUCGCUACACAAGUGCAGUGGACGUGCUGGAGUCUGUCUGUGAGGUUUCUCCAUAAGCCCAUCUACGUAGCGUUGGGCAGGACGCUUGUUGUGGAAGCUCAGUUUAAGCUGCAGCCUGGAGAAACUGUCCGCCUGGUUUUUUGGGAUCGUAAAAGGGACUCUGAAGUCAGGCUCGUCACAGAUGGAAAACCAACUGACAAAAGAAUAUCUGUGGACAAGGACGGAGCACGGUUGAAGCUGACCGGAGUCACAGAAAGUGACUAUGGGUCCUACAUUAUUACGGUCACAGAUCAAAAUGGAGACCAGACAUUUGCUUCUGUGGAAGUGCGGAAAGUUCAGACGCCAUUCUUUUCCCUGGAGUGUACUUUGGUAACCGAGGGAGAACAAUGGGACAAGCCUGUGUUUUCAUGGUGGGUGGAUGGACAGGAGAUAACCAAUAAUACAGGAGACCUAUCAGCAGAUGGCAGCAAGCUCCACCUAUCAGGCAUUCAGGCCAAUAACUACACCUGCGUCAUCAACAGCAGCCAGGGGACCAGCGUAGUGCAGCACUUAAGAGCCCAUGACCCAACACCAACCCCAACACCAACCCCAACCCCAGAGCCCAGCGGUUCAUCGCCCUGCACCGGACGAACCGUGGUCUUGUCAUUUAUUGGAAUUUUAUUCGGGUUCUGCAUCUGCGUGCUGUGCUGGAAACGUCAGCGACAAACCACUAACUCUGCAUUUCAGGGACUCCAGAUGUAGUCUCAAAACUAGGUAGUAAAUAAGAAAAUAGGACUUUUGCAUUUAAAAAAUGUUAUUUAUUUAGAUUUCUGUUCUGUUAUCUAAGACUGAUUUAAAACUAAUCUAUGCUCAAAUAUCCCUCAUUUCACACUUACAUGUAAGCACUUUAAAUAUAUAAUAUUAAGUGGGCCACAACUUUUCACUAUAUGGAUAAAUGUAUUGGGAAACCUACACAUUACACACACAGGAGCUUUCAUGGCAUCCCCUUCUAAAUCUAUUGGCAUUAAUAACGAGCUGGUCCCCCUUUGCAGCUCUAACAGCUUCCACUCUUCUGGGAAGCGGCUUAGAAGGUGUGUUUAUACACCCCUGACCCCCAAGCUGUUUCCAAUAAAACGGUUGUAGGUGUCAGGGAGGUGUAAUUAAUAAACACAGCUCUACUUAUUUUUGCAGAAAUAGCUUUUUGCAAUAUUUAUCUCACAUAUUCUAAACCUACAGAUCUUACACAUUUAAUUAAUAAUUAACACUUCAGUCUUAGCUUUUUCACUUUGGCAUUCUGUGUAUACAAAAACAAUAAAGUCUCACAUAUUA